GUUAUCAGCAGCACUCAGCACCCUUGCCAAAUAUGUAAUUCGAACAUUCACCAAAUUUCAUACAAAUCCUACCUUAAGUCACUCACAGUCAGGAGUCAGUGUUUUUGUGGUAGUUUUUUCGAAAAAUGUAUUCAAUAUUUCAUCGUCGAUGGAUUUAUACAGUCAUUUCCGUACUCAGCUGCGUUCAUUAAGUUCGUACGAUCUGCACAAGAAGCUAAUCAACCAUUACAUCUCUCAUGCUAAAACUACAACGAGAAAAUAUAAAAGAGAUAUCGAUAUAAUACGAGAAAAUCAUAAAUUUUUAUGGGAAGACGAUGAAGAACCAUCUAGUUGGGAGGAAGAACUUGCCAAGAAAUAUUACGAUAGAUUAUAUAAAGAAUACUGUAUUUGCGACUUGACGUAUUACAAAGAAGGCAAGGUGGCUUUAAGAUGGCAAAUCGAAGCCGAAUUAAUCAACGGAAAGGGCCAGUUUAUAUGCGGUGAAAAAAAAUGCAAUGAAAAAGAAGGAUUGAAAACAUGGGAAGUUAAUUUCGCAUACGUUGAAAAAGGAGAGAAGAAAAAUGCUCUGGUCAAAUUAAGAUUAUGUACAGACUGUUCGUAUAAAUUAAACUAUAAGCAUAAAAGAAAAGAACUAAAAAAGAAUAAGAAGCAGAAACGUAAACACGACGAGGACGAAGGGUCACAAUCAGAAGACGAAGUAAGCAAUAAAAUUCCCAAAACAGAGGCUGACCGAUCACCAUCCCCGGAAGCAGAAACUACCCCUGCUACUGAAGAAACAGCCAACGCUGAAGGCGAAGAAAAUAAUAUAUGGACUACUGCUAAUCAAGUGGUUGAAGAGAAAUCUCGUAAUGAAGAUUUUGAAGAUUUUCUUGAACAGCUUUUACUCUGAUAAAAGACAUAAUCUUGAUAUAAUUUUUGGUAUUAUUUUUAUUUUUUGUAUCUUCUAAUGAAAUAUUUUAUUCUAUCGAAUUGACUAUUCAGUUCAGUAGGUAAUAUGUUCCUUUGUAAAUAAAACGAAUACAUGUCUGGGUAUUUCAAA